AUGAGCGAUUCUCGACAAGUCGAGCUUUGUAGCAUUGCUGGCGACGAGAUCAAAGUCGACGAGCACGUAAAUAGAGAAGUUGAGACGAGUAGCAUAUCAAGAGUCCAUAGUAAUAGUAAUAACAAUAGUGUUACAGAGGCCGAGAGGGGUGUAAAAUGGUAUCGACUUUUCUUUCCACGAGUGCCUUGGACCGAGGUUAUUGAUGAGGUAUUCAGACAAGGCCAAAUCACCUGCCCCGUGGCACUAACCACAAUGCUUUACUUCUCCAAGACCAUAAUCUCCAUGCUUUUUCUCGGCCACAUGGACAAACCCGAACUCGCCGGUGGUUCUCUUGCCGUCGGUUUCGCCAACAUCACUGGAUUUUCGGUCAUGAAGGGCCUCUGCUCCGGCAUGGACCCAAUCUGCUGCCAGGCCUUCGGGGCCCGCCGCUGGCCCGUUCUCACCCAAACCUACCUCAAAACCGUCAUUCUCCUCCUCUUUGCCACCAUCCCUGUUUCCCUCCUCUGGCUCAACGUCGACCCUGUUUUCCACCGUCUCGGCCAAGAUCCGGCAAUCACCAAAAUCGCCCAAAAUUACCUUGUUUUCUCCUUGCCGGAGCUUCUCUCGCAUUCGAAUUUGAUCCCUUUAAGAACUUUUCUCAGAACCCAAGGACUCAACAAGCCGAACACCAUUGUUGCCGCCUGCGUUUCUUCUCUUCAUCUUCCGAUCACGUAUUUUCUGGUCAAUUACAUGAAUUUACGGGUUAAUGGGAUUGCUCUGGCUUCGGUUGUUUACUCGGUCAACAUGAAUAUUGGGCUUUUCGUGUAUUUGUUCUUCUCCAAGUCUGCUAUAAAACCGUGGGGGGGCGCCGGCGGGGGAUCGAUUUUCCGGGGGUGGGGUCCGCUGCUCGGACUUGCCCUCCCGAGUGUCGUUCAGUCCUGCCUCGAGUGGUGGUGGUACGAGAUUGUUCUGUUUCUAAGCGGUUUGCUGGACGACCCAGAUUCUUGCGUGGCGGCGAUGGGGAUAUUGAUACAAACUACGGGGACGGUUUAUGUGUUUCCGUUUGCGGUGGGGCUGAGUGUUUCGCAGCGGGUCGGGUACGAGCUAGGGGCGGGUCGGCCAGGGAGGGCGAGGCUGGCGGCGGCGGUGGGUUUCGCGGCGGGGCUGGGGUACGGGGUGGCGGCGUUCGGGGCGAGCGUAGCGGUGAGGGGGUCGUGGGGGAGAGUCUACACGUCGGAGAAGGAGGUGGUGGAGAGGGUGGCAGCGGUGCUGCCGAUAAUGGGGCUGGCGGAGGUGGGGAACGCGCCACAGACGGCGGCGUGCGGGGCGCUGACGGGGUCGGCGAGGGCGAGGGUAGGGGUUUGGAUAAACGUGGCGGCGUUUUACCUGGUGGGGCUGCCGUGCUCGGCGGGGCUGGCGUUUGGGGCCGGGGUGGGGUUCAGGGGGCUGUGGAUGGGGCUGGUGGCGGCGCAGGCGUGUUGCCUGUGGAUGAUGGUGUGGACCUUGGCGAGGACGGAUUGGAAGCACGAGGCCAAGAGGGCGGAGGAGCUGGCGGCGGCGGUGGAGGAGGGCGGUGGAUCGGCCGGAGAUAACUUGAUCGCCUGA